AAUAAACGCCGCGCCGCGACUUGUGUUGCACACAGUGUGCAGCGGCGCGGAGGGAUAGACAGCAAACUCAGACCAACAGAGCUGAACUUCAGACUUUUCCUGAAAAUGACGUCCAUUUGUCCAAGAUGCGAUAAGACUGUGUUUUUUGCUGAGAAAGUAAGCUCUCUGGGGAAAAACUGGCACCGGUUCUGUCUAAAAUGUGAACGAUGUAGUAAGAUUCUGUCUCCUGGAGGACAUGCGGAGCAUGAUGGAUUGCCUUAUUGUCAUAAACCCUGUUAUGGAACCCUCUUUGGACCAAAAGGUGUAAAUAUUGGAGGGGCGGGCUCUUAUAUAUAUGACACGCCUCCUCAGACGCCAGUCAACAAAACAUGCAACAGCCCUUCAGAAGGAUCCCCAACCACACCUUGGACCACCUCACAGAUCAACUUCAAUCAACCUAAAGCUGCCACUGCUCCAGCACGCAUGUUUGCUGGAGAGACGUAUCUGUGUCCUGGCUGUGGAAAAGCAGUUUAUUUCGCUGAGAAAGUGAUGUCAUUGGGUCGCAACUGGCACCGGCCUUGCCUUCGCUGUGUGAGGUGUAAGAAAACACUGACUCCUGGUGGCCAUGCAGAGCAUGAAGGCAGCCCGUACUGCCACGUACCCUGCUAUGGCUACCUUUUUGGACCAAAAGGUGUGAACAUUGGAAGGGUGGGCUGUUACAUUUAUGAGAAUGAAAAUGCAGAAAAUGAAAGGCCAAGUGAACAUUAGGUCAUAAAGAAAAACUUUUUUUAUUUAGUACAGAUUUUUUUACACAAUUAAUACAAUUGUAUGGUGUAAAGCUUUUCACACAGUCAGGUAUAUGCAAACUCUGUUUUAUGUAUUGCAUUUAUUCUAAUUGAUAAUUAGAAAAAUUUGAAUUUUAAAAAACUGUCCCCGCACACACACACACACACACACACACACACACACACACACACACACACACACACACACACACACGCACGCACGCACACACAACCACACACACACACACACACACACACACACACACACACACACACACACACACACACACACACACACACACACACACACACACACACACACACACACACACACACACACACACAACCACACUGUUCUCUGUUUCAUUUUUCUGUUCUUCUCUUCCACAAACAGAGACUCACAAUUUCCAUCUAUUCAUUCACGCUUCCAUUCAAUCUUAUCUUAUUUAGAAAAUAUCUGUAAUUAUUACAUGGCACUGGAAACAAAGUUGUAAAUCCUUGUGUAACUAAUAAACAAAAAUAUUUUAGAAGA